CGUCCGCCCGAGCCGCCAUUGGCUGGGCUGCGCACAGCUGACAGACGGCGGCGGGCGAGUGAGCUGCGGUCAUGGCGGCGUCAGCGGCGCUGGUCCUGCGAGAGACCCCCAGCAUGAAAAAAGCAGUGUCACUGAUCAAUGCGAUAGAUACUGGAAGAUUUCCACGGCUGCUCACCCGAAUUCUUCAAAAACUUCACCUGAAGGCUGAGAGCAGUUUCAGUGAAGAAGAGGAAGAAAAACUUCAAGCUGCAUUUUCUCUAGAGAAACAGGACCUUCACCUAGUUCUUGAAACAAUAUCAUUCAUUCUGGAACAGGCUGUGUAUCACAACGUGAAGCCUGCAGCUUUGCAGCAGCAGUUAGAGAACAUUCAUCUUAGACAAGAAAAAGGAGAAGCAUUUGUCAAUGCUUGGUCUGCAAUGGGUCAAGAAGCAGUUGAAAAGUUCAGGCAGAGGAUUCUGGCUCCCCACAAGCUAGAGACGGUUGAAUGGCAGCUUAACCUUCAGAUGGCUCACUCUGCUCAAGCAAAACUAAAAUCUCCUCAAGCUGUGUUACAGCUAGGAGUGAGCAAUGAAGAUUCAAAGGGAGGAGAUGCCAACAUAGUCUGAAGUGUUCACCUAAUCUAAGAAGCUCACUCCUCAACAGUAUCCCUCUCCAAACCAUUGUCCAGUCUAAUACCUGUCUGAAGACUUGGCUUUGGGAUUGGUUCCUGUCCUGGGCCAACAGAAGGUCUGGCGGCCAUGACCACCAGGGUUCCUCUAGUCUCAGUCAGACCAUUAAGUCUGGUCUUUUUAUGAGAAUUUGGGGUCUGCAUCCCACUGCUCUCCUGCUCCCUCAGGGGUUCUCUGUUGCGUUCCCUGUCACGCCAGUCAUCAAUUGUAGCCGGGCACCAUCUAGCUCUUCUGGUCUUAGGCUGAUGUAAUCUCUGGUUUAUGUGGCCCUUUUUGUCUCUUGGGCUUAUAAUUACCACGUGUCCUUGGUGUUCUUCAUUCUCCUUUGAUCCAGGUGUGUUGAGACCAAUUGAUUCACCUUAGAUGGCCACUUGCUAGCAUUUAAGACCACAAAUGCCACUCUCCAAGGUAGUAUGCAGAAUGUUUUCUUAAUAGGUUUGCCAGUUGACUUAGAUGUCCCUUGAAACCAUGGUCCGCAAAACCCUGCCCCUGCUACAGAGGCCUUUGAAGCAUUCAGUUUAUUCCAGAAACUUCUUUGCUUUUUGAUUAGUCCAGUUGUGCUGACCUUACUUGUAUUGUGUGUUGUCUUUCUCGUCACCUAAAGUAGUUCUCAUCUACUAUAUAAUUAGUGAAUACCCCCUCCCACCCACCUUCCCUCCCCCUCUCGUAACCAUCAAAGAAUAUUUUCUUCUCAGUUUAAACUAUUUCUCAAGUUCUUAUAAUAGUGGUCUUAUACAUUUGUCCUUUUGCAACUGACUAAUUUCACUCAGCAUAAUGCCUUCCAGGUUCCUCCAUGUUGUGAAAUGCUUCACAGAUUCAUCACUGUUCUUCAUUGAUGCAUAGUGUACUGUGGUGUGAAUAUACCAUAAUUUAUCCAUUCAUCUGUUGAUGGGCACCUUGGUUGCUUCCAUCUUUUGCUGUUGUAAACAGUGCUGCAGUGAACAUGGGUGUGCAUAUAUCUGUUCGUGUAAAGGCUCUUAUUUCUCUAGGAUAUAUUCCAAGGAGUGCGAUUGCUGGAUCCUAUGGUAGUUCUAUUUCUAGCUUUUAAAGGAAGCGCCAAAUCGAUUUCCAAAGUGGGUGUACCAUUUUACAUUCUGACCAGCAUUGUAUAAGUAUUCCAGUUUCUCUACAGCCUCUCCAGCAUUUAUUGUUUUGUGUGUUUUGGUUAAUGCCAGCCUUGUUGGAGUGAGAUGGAAUCUCAUUGUAGUUUUGUUUUGUAUUUCUCUAAUGGCUAAUGAUUGUGAGCAUUUCCUCAUGUAUCUGUUAGCUACCUGAAUGUCUUCUUUAGUGAAGCGUCUUUUCAUAUCUUUUGCCCAUUGUUUAAUUGUGUUAUUUGUCUUUUUGUAGUUGAGUUUUUGCAGUAUCAUGUAGAUUUUAGAGAUCAGGUGCUGAUGAGAAAUGUCAUGGCUAAAAACUUUUUCCCAGUCUGUAGGUAGUCUUUUUACUGUUUUGGUGAAGUCUUUGGAUGAGUAUAGGUGUUUGAUUUUUAGGAGAUCCCACUUACCUAGUUUUUCUUCUGCAUUGUUAGUAAUGUUUUGUAUACUCUUUAUGCCAUGUAUUUUUUUUUUUUUUUAGGGCUCCUAAUGUUGUCCCUAUUUUUUCUUCCAUGAUCUUUAUCGUUUUAGCAUUUAUAUUUAGGGCUUUGAUCCAUUUUGAGCUUGUUUUUGUGCACAGAGUGAGGUAUGGGUGUAAUUUCAUUUUUUUGGAGAUGGAUAUCCAGUUAUGCCAGCACCGUUUAUUAAAAAGUCUGUCUUUUCCCCGUUUAACUGUUUUGGGGCCUUUGUCAAAUAUCAGCUGUUCAUAUGUGGAUGGAUUUAUGUCUGGAUUCUCAAUUCUGUUCCAUUGGUCUAUGUAUCUUUUGUUGUACCAGUACCAGGCUUUUUUGACUACUGUGGUGGUAUAAUAGGUUCUAAAAUCAAGUAGAGUAAGGCCUCCCACUUUGCUCUUCUUUUUCAGUAAUGCUUUACAUACCCAGGGCCUCUUUCCCUUGCGUAUGAAGCUGGUGAUUUGUUUCUUUAUCUCAUUAAAGAAUGCCAUUGGAAUUUGAAUCGGAAUUGCAUUAAACGUAUAGACUGCUUUUGGAGAAAUUGACGUUUUUAUAAUAUAAAGUCUUCCUAUCCAUGAGCAAGGUAUGUUUUCCACUUACGUAUGUCUCUUUUGGUUUCUUGCAGAAGUGUAUUGUAGUUUUCUUUGUAUAAGUCUUUAACAUCUCUGUUAAGAUUUAUUCCCAAUCUUCUUGGGGGCUACUAUAAAUGAUUUGUUGAUUUCCUUUUCGAUGUUCUUUUUGUUGGUGUAGAGGAACCCAAUAGAUUUUUGUAUGUUUAUCUUGUAUCCCCUUACUCUGCUGAACUCUUCUAUUAGUUUCAGUAGUUUUCUUGAGGAUUCCCUAGGGUUUUCUGUGUAUAAGAUCAUGUCAUCUACAAAUAGAGAUAAUUUUACUUAUUCCUUGCCAAUCUGUAUGCCCUUUAUUUCUUUAUCCAGCCUAAUUGCUCUGGCUAGGACCUCCAACACAAUGUUGAAUAAAAGCGGUGAUAAAGGGCAUCCUUGUAUGGUUCCCGUUUUCAAGGGAAAUGCUUUCAGGCUCUCUCCAUUUAGGAUGAUGUUGGCUGUUGGCUUUGUAUAAAUGCCUUUUAUUAUGUUGAGGAAUUUUCCUUCUAUUCCUGUUUUGCUGAGAGUUUUUAUCAUAAAUGGGUGUUGAACUUUGUCAAAUGCCUUUUCUGCAUCAAUUGAUAAAAUCAUGUGAUUCUUUUGUUUUAUUUAUGUGAUGGAUUACAUUAAUUGUUUUUCUAACGGUGAACCAUCCUGCAUACCUGGUAUGAAUCCCACUUGGUCAUGGUGAACUGUUUUUUUGAUAUGUUGUUGAUUUCUAUUGGCUAGAAUUUUGUUGAGGAUUUUUGCAUCUGUGUUCAUGAGGGAGGGAUAUAAGUGUGUAAGUUUCUUUUUUUGUGGUGUCUUUACCUGGUUUUGGUAUCAGGGAUAUGCUGGCUUCAUAGAAUGAGUUUGGGAAUAUUGCGUCCUUUUCUAUGCUCUGAAAUACCUUUAGUAGUAGUGGUGUUAACUCUUCUCUGAAAGUUUGGUAGAAGUCUGCAGUGAAGCCGUGCAGACCAGGGCUUUUUUUUUGUCGGAAGUUUUUUGAUUACCUUUUCGAUCUCUUCUUUUGUAAUGGGUCUAUUUAGUUUUUCUACUUCUGUUUGUGUUAGUUUAGGUAGGUAGUGUGUUUCUAGGAAAUCAUCCAUUUCUUCUAGGUUUUCAAAUUUGUUAGAGUACAGUUUUUCAUAGCAAUCUGAUAUGAUUCUUUUAAUUUCAUUUGGGUCUGUUGUAAUAUCGCCCAUCUCAUUUCUUAUUCGGGUUAUUUGCUUCCUCUCCUGUUUUUCUUUUUUCAGUUUGGCCAAUGGUUUAUCAAUUUUGUUGAUUUUUUUCAAAGAACCAGCUUUUGAUCUUGUUAAUUCUUUCAUUUGUUUUUCUGUUUUCUAUUUCAUUUAGUUCUGCUCUAAUUUUUAUUAUUUGUUUUCUUCUGGUGCCUGAGGGUUUCUUUUGUUACUCUCUUUCUGUUUGUUCCAGUUGUAGGGAUAAUUCUUUGAUUUUGUCCCUUUCUUCUUUUUGGACGUGUGCAUUUAUUGAUAUAAAUUGACCUCUGAGCACUGCUUUCACUGUGUCCCAAAGGUUCUGAUAGUGUUUUCAUUCACACUGGAUUCUAUGAAUUUCUUUAUUCCAUCCUGAAUGUCUUCUAUAUUCCAGUCUUUUUUGAGCAGGAUGUUGUUCGGUUUCCAAGUGUUUGAUUUCUUUUCCCUGCUUUUUUUGUCAUUGGUUUCCACUUUUAAUGGCCUUAGGGUCAGAGAAGAUGCUUUGUAAUAUUUCAGUGUUUUGAAUUCUGCUCAGGCUUGCAUCAUGAGCUAAUAUUCUCUAUUCUAGAGAAUGUUCCAUGUGCAUUAGAAAAGAAAGUAUACUUGGUUCCUGUUGGGUGGAGUGUUCUGUAUAUGUCUGUGAGGUCAAGGUGGUUGAUUGUGACAUUUAGAUCUUCCAAGUCUUUAUUGAGCUUCUUUCUGGAUAUCCUAUCUGUCACUGAAAGUGUUGUGUUGAAGUCUCCCAGUAUUAAUUGUGGAGCUUUCUAUCUCACUAUUCAGUGCUCUUAGAGUUUGUUUUAUGUAUCUUGCAGCCCUGUCAUUGGGUGCAGAAAUAUUUAAUAUGGUUAUAUCUUCUUGGUAUAUUGUCCUUUAAUCAUUAUAUAGUGUCCUGCCUUAUCUUUCUGAUGGAUUUAACUUUAAAGUCUGUUUUGUCAGAAAUUAGUAUUACCAAUCCUACUCUUUUUUGGUUGUUUGCUUGAUAUAUUUUUUUCCAUCCUUUGAGUUUUAGUUUGUUUGUGCCUCUAAGAUGUGUCUCUUUUAGGUAGCAUAUAGAUGGAUCGUGUUUUUUUAACCCAUUCUGCCACUCUCUAUCUUUUUAUUGGUGCAUUUAGUCCAUUUACAUUCAGUGUAAUUAUGAAUAGGUAUGAAUUUAGUGCUAUCAUUUUGAUGUCUUUUUGUGUGUUUUUGACAGUUUCUUUUUCCCACUUAGUUUUAUGUGCUGCGUAGAUUAUCUUUAUAUGUUGUCCUUUCCUCAUAUUCGUUCUUGUUGGUUUUGUUUCUGCUGAGUCUCUAUUUUUUUCUUGUAUUUUAUUAUGAUGAGUAGGAUAGUUUGUCUCCUUUGAUGUUACCUUAUUAUGUACUCCAGUUUUUCUAGAUUUAAACCUAACUUUUAUUUCUUUGUAUCACCUUAUCUUCCUCUCCAUAUGUAAGAUUUAUGAUUACAUUUCUCAGUCCCUCUUUAUUGUUUUAAUGUUGUCUCCUUUUAUAUCAUAACAUCGCUGUUACCCUUUUUUGAUUUUUUUCUUUUUUUCAAUCUUGCCUUGUAUUUAUUUUGAAUUUCCUUGUCUGGGUUGACUUCUGAUUGCUCUGUCAAGUGUUUGAGUCUUAGGUUGAUACCUGAUAUUAUUGAUUUUCUAACCAGAGAUCUCCCCUUAGUAUUUCUUGUAGUUUUGGUUUGGUUUUUACUAAUUCCCUAAACUUCUGUUUAUCUGGAAAUGCCCUAAUUUCACCUUCAUAUUUUAGAGAUAGUUUUGCUGAAUAUAUGAUUUUUGGCAGACAAUUUUUUUUCCUUCAAUUUUUUAAAUAAGUCAUCCCAUUGCCUUCUUACCUGCAUGGUUUCUGCUGAGUAGUCUGAGUUUAUUCUUAUUGGCUCUCCUUUGUAGGUGAGUUUUCGUUUAUCCCAGCAGCUCUUAAAAUUCUCUCUUUAUCUUUGGUUUUGGUAAGUUUGAUUAUAAUAUGUCUUCGUGAGUUUCUUUUCAGUUCUACAUUGUGUGGAGUUCGAUGAGCAUCUUGGAUAGAUAUCUUCUCAUCUUUCACGAUAUCUGGGAAGUUUUCUGCCAACAAAUCUUCGGCAAUUCUCUCUGUAUUUUCUGUUAUCCCUCCGUUCUGGAACUCCAAUUACUUGUAGGUUAUUUCUCUUAUAAAGUCCCACGUGAUUCUUAACGUUUCUUCAUUUUUUUUAAUUGUUUUAUUUGAUUUUUCUUCAAAUAUAUUAGUGCCAAGUCAUUUAUCUUCAUGUUCAGAAGUUCUGGCUUCUACUUUCUCAGUUCUGCUCCUCUGACUUUCUAUUGAGUUGUCUACUUCUGAAAUUUUAUUGUUAAUCUUCUGAAUUUCUGAUUGCUAUCUGUCUUUUUUCCAGCUUAUUAAAUCUUUCAUUAUGUUCCUGAAUAAUCUUUGUAAUUCCUUCAGUUGCUUUAUCUGUGUGUUCCUUGGCUUGUUCUGCGUAAUGCCUCAUUUCCUUCCUGAUGUCUUGAAGGGUCCUGUAUAUUAAACUUUUUUAUUCUGACUCUUAUAAUUCCAGGAAUGCACUUUCAUCUAGAAGAUCCUGGAUUCUUUGUUUUGAGAUCUUGUUGAGGUGAUCAUGGUCUGUUUCUUUAUGUGACUUGAUAUUGACUGUUGUUUCUGAGACAUCUGUAAGUUAUUGUAUUAGUUUAUGUUUGCUUACUGUGUCUUAGCUUCUUGCUUUGUUUUGUUUUGAUAUGCCCAGGUAGGUUGCUUAGAGUGAGCUAGCAUGAUUAUUGUCACCUUUGGAGCUCUGACGUCCUGUCCCAAAAUGGCUAUAGCUGUCACCAGGUACAUCAGUCUAGGAGUCAGUUCACUUUUUUUGUAUGAAUUCAGCUCAGGUGUCCAGGUAUGUGGUAUAGGCUCUAUCCUACAGUCUUGGAGGGCGGGAGUGAUUGGUGUAGGUACCAGUAUCUUGUUGCAGCCGGGUGUCAUGCUCUGAACAAGGCAGGGGGUUGAGAACCGACCCCUGAGUGUCUCUGAGGAAAGUGCAUCCCUGUUCCCUAGAGCAUGCAGGUGGGUGGGUUCUGCAGAAGGACUAUCGCCACCCAGUGUUUUUGCUUUUAAGGACUGGGAGGUAUCAGUUAUCCUUGGACCCUUGUCGCAGAUGGCUGGGUGACCCGAGUGGAUCUACCAGUCCUUAGGCCCCUGAUGUGGGUAGGUGGGGACCGUUUAUAAUAGGCAAAGCAAUGUCAAACAUCAAACACCCACCUCUCCUCCGCACAACUGAAACGGCUGGAGUCUGCCAACAAGGGCCUAUUCUCCUGAAAUAGACCCACACAUGUCCACGCAGAGAGGAAAGGUGCUCAAAGUCCACAGACCGUUUAUGGCUGGACAGGAGCUGCGUCUGUCCUGAGCUCCCCCGGUUAGUGGAGCUGGCAAAUUAUCUUUUCCCCCAAAUGCAAACUUUUUCCUUCUGCAAGGCUGGGACGAUGGCUCUAGGCGCUCAACAUUACCUAUCUCAGCCCCAGGGAAUUCAACUGUUGAAGCUGGCUCGGGGUGGGGGGGCACGGUAAAAUAUACGCAAGUACUUAGCUUUUGCCAAGAGCAUCGUUGUUCUCUGGUUCCGGAGGUGUGAGUAGGCUGUGUGGGUGGCUGCUUCUUACUGAGGAAACUGCAGCUGAACGCUAGUACCAGCCCACUGCUGCGGCUCCGCGAAUGGUGCCUGAGGGCUCCCUGCGAUUCAGGUCUGGUAACUCCUCUGUGCUUCUGAACCGUCUAUUUCUCCCCCUGCCCCUCUGUUUAUUUUCUAAGCUUGCCUUUGAUGCUCAGGGCACCUAGCUUGUCGCAAAUAUACUUGUUUCACUUGUUUUUUUGCGUGUUUGUCAUCAAGAGGGCUCGCCGGAAGCAUCUGUCAAUUCUGCUAUCUCGGCUCCUCCUCUGAAAGGACAUUUUUAAUAAUUUUAUGUAAUGUAAUCAAAUCUUUGACUUUUGCUGUUGUAAAGUUUGUAAAAUUAAAACUACCUAAAAUUAUGACUGUAUUGUAGUCUUUAUUUAGGUUUAUAAUAAUGCAAAUUAAGAUAUAUAACUUUUUGUUUUGUAUGUAUAUUUUUUCUAAUAAUAUAUAAUGAAAACAGGUGUAAUGAGUUAUGGUCAAGAUUAAGUCAUAUAAUCUUAAUUCAUCUAAGAGCUGCCCCCUGUUGCUCAUUUUUCCAUUUUUUUAAAAGUAGUUUGCAGAUGAAAAAGCCAUGUUAAUGUGUUGGCAUUAAGCACCAUUUCUUAGAAACCAGGAAAUUCCUAAGUUAUAGUUCCUGUAGCAACCACAUCAACAUUAUUUCUGUGUGUAUAAUAAUUAUUUCACUUUUCCUGUUAUAUGUAUACUUUUAAAAUGCUCUAUGUGCCAAGUUAAGCAAGUAUUUAUUAAGGUAGGGCUGUAAACCUUGUAAUUUGCUGACUUUUAACUUUUUAACUUCCUACUUUGCUUUGGUAAGUUGGAUAAUGCAAUUUUAUUUAUACUAAAAAAAACCCAAACCCAUUGCUGUCGAGUUGAUUCCAACUCAUAGUGACCCUAUAUAUAUAUAUACUCUAGUUUGGUGGGGUGGAUAAUACAAUUUAAUUUAUAUAGUUAAUAUAAAUAUAUUUGUAUUCAAAAUGCUAGUGGAUAUUUUCAACCAUCACACUGUGAAUACCUUAGAGAAAAAAAAAGACUAAUUUGCUCAGUCUUACUAAUUUUAUUUCAUUCUACUUUCCCCCAGCCACCCCAGACACCUUCUGUAUUGAAUUUCUCAGAGAUCUCCAAACAUCAUCCCUAUCAUCUUCUGCUCCUUUGCGUAUUUUGUCCCCUCUGCUGUCCCUUACUCACCUUGCCAUGUGGAUGUUUACUUAUAUUUUAAAAUUUAAGUUCUGCCUAUUCUUUCCUUACCGUCCACGUCUUCCCCAGUGCCGUAUGCCUAUUUCAGUUUGAAUGUGCUUUGAUUUGUUGAUUUCUCUCUCACCUCACAGUGGAACAGUUUUGUUACAUUUUUCGUCUUUCUUCCUUAGCAUUUAAUAUUCCACACACCAUGUAGUGGGUGCUUAAUAAAUGUUUGUUAGGUGAAAUAAAUAAAAUGUAUUCAUGCAUACUUGACUAUUAUAUUAUUCAGGUAACAUGUUCAUCUGCCAUAGCUUAAAAAGAUAGGGUUCAGGACAAUAUACAUUUAGAGUUGAGAGUUAUUGAAGCUCUGUAUUUUUUAUGACUAUAAAAGAAAUAAUAUCUUAAUUAAAAAUAGUAUCUCAAGCCCUAUUGAUAAAAACAGCCAUUAGAAUGUAUUCAUAUAAACGUCUUCCUUUUCAAAGAGUUAGAAAUGAUAGGAUGGUAUACAUUAACCAUUCAUAUGGGGUGGGUAAAUCUUACUCUAUAGUAUACCUGGACAUAUGUCCAGAGGCAUAUAGAUUUCAGAUACUUUUUUAUAGGGAUACAAAGUAAGCAUUUUUCUUUACAUAUUUGUCUUAGACAUCUAGUGCUACUAUAACAGAAGUACCACAAGUGGAUGGCUUUAACAAACAGAAGUUUAUUUUCUCACAGUCUAGUAGGCUGUAAGUCUGAAUUCAGGGCAUCAGCUCCAGGGAAAGGCGUUCUCUGUCAGCUCUGGAGGAAGGUCCUUGUCAUCAGUCGUCCCCUGGACUGGGAGCUUCUCCACACAGGAACCCUGGGUCCAAAGGACACACUCUGCUCCCAGCGUGGCUUUCUUGGUGGUAUGAGAUUCCCGUGUCUCUCUACUUGCUUCUCUCUUUUAUAUCUCAAAAGAAAUUGGCUUAAGACACUAUCUAAUGUUGCAGGUCUCAUCAAUAUAACUGCUGAUAAUCCAUCUCAUUAACAUCAUGGUGAUAGGAUUUACAAUACAUAGGGAAAUCACAUCAGAUGACAAAAUGGUAGAUAGUCAUGCAAUACUGGGAAUCAUGACCUAGCCAAGUUGAUGCACAUAUUUUGGGGGGACACAAUUCAGUCCAUGACAAUGUUACACUGUGCUUUUGGCCCCAUGUUUAUCCAUGUAAUUUUAUGAUUCCAUGUCCAAAAUAAAAUAGCUGAAGGAGAACUAAUUUAAAAUGAACAAAUAUUUUCCUGUGGAAGUUCCUAAAAGAGCUGAGCUAGAAUUUUCCACUCUUCCCGCGGAAUUAUUUUCUGAAAUACUAUGUAUUAUAACUAACUAUUAGCAAAUAUAUUCUUGUGAGCUUCCUCAAAAGAAAUUCUCAGAUGCUUCCUUUAUCUUUUGUUCCUGAAAUAAAUUGAAGGGAAAAAAAGGAAAGAAAAGGAAAAUUAAAAAUAAACAAGCUCUCUCAUACCUUAACUUUAUGAUUUCAAAUAUAUGAGUUUUUUAAAAGGUUUUAUUAAUUAAAAAAUUACAUAAUGCUUUAUUUAUCUUGCUCGAUAAAAACAGAAGACUUGUCAGUUAACCAACAGCAAGUAUUUAUUAAGAAUCUUUAUCAAACUCUGCUAUGCCAUGUUGAGUUUGCAAAAACAUAUAGUACAUAGCUGUUAUCCUCAAGUUUAUAACAGAAAAAAAUGUUAAAUACACGUACAACUUUUAAUGUAUUUUUAAGUCAUAAAGUAGGAAGACAUUGAGUGUUCCAAGAGUUAAAGAAUUUUAAAACUAAAAGAUAUUUUAGACAUAAUCUAAUUCAAUAUCUCAUUUUACUAACAAGAGAACAGAAGUCUGAAAUGGUUGUUACCUCAAAACUACAUGCAGAGUCAGACUACUGGUUAAUGUCAGAACCAAGGAUAGAACCCACAUUUCCUGACUUUAGACUAGUACUCUUUGCAUUUGUAAGCACCGAUGAGCCUGUAUGGAUUGGGCUUGAACUCAUAAAGGAGAUAGGUAUUGAAAUGUGUGAGUAGAUACUGGGGAGAAGAGUUGGUGCUCUAUAAUGGAGGAAACAAUACUUUGGGAGAAUAAAGCUCAGAAGAUCUGUGAAAAAACAAAGGAAAUGGCCUAAUGAGAGUGGAAGACACACAGGGAAUUAAUGUUAGUGAGUUAGUUAGGUAAUGAUGAGAAUGAAGGAUUGAAGCAAAGUAAGACCAGGGACAGGAUGACAAGUAGGUUGGAUUAUCAGGUUACAAACCUAAGGUUGUGGUGGUAGGAAUAAAGUAGAAAAUGCAAAUCCACAAGACAUUUUUAGGGGGAAAAGUAAUAGAACUAGAUGGCAGUUUUAUGUAGAGAAUAAAGGAAAGAAGAGUAUAGAAGAAUGGUAUUCCCAUGAACAGAGAUAAAAUAACUUGGAAGGAGGACUGUGGUGAAUUGAGUUUUGUGUGUGAAAUUAAGAUUGUUUCAGUUACAAGGGAUUUUGGAAAUCAUCUUAUCCAUGCUCAGUUUGGGGAUAAUAUGAAGCAGCCAUCCAACUGAAUAUAUCUCUAGGGGAUAUGGAAAUAUAGCACUGAAACGAAAGGGCCAAAGUGUAGAUUUUGGAAUCUUAUCUAUAUGAUCAUGUUGAAAUUGUAUGUAAGAGUAUGUAAGCUAAAGGAAUAAGGGUAGAAAAACCAUAAAGGGUGAAGGGUGGGAGAUAUUACCUACGAUUGAAAGGGAAAGGGAGAAGUAGAGUAGCUAAAAAAAGAGAUAGAAAAGAAUGAAUUAAAAAUGUAGGUCUGUAGUUUAGAGCAAGAUGACAGCGUGAGCAUCAUCAUCAGAACAAAACAAAAAGACAAAACCACAAGUGGAAACUGGCAGAACCAACUGUCAGAACUCUGGACACCAAUCCAAGGGUUACAGUAACCAAGAGAAAGCUGAAUCAAGAUAAAGGCAACAUCUAAACAGUAGGAAGGCUUUGGUUUUCUGCUUGCCCAUGCCCCAUUCCCUCUCUAGCUUGAUGUGGCCAUCUUAAAGCAGUAGCAGCCCACACUCCCAGAGAAAGCCUAGCCUUUGACUUUAGGCAUAGUAGAGCAGACUUUAGAAAGUUAUUGUGUAUGUGUGUUUUAACCAGUCUGGGGACUGUCCGAAGGACCGAAGCAAGGUACUUGUCUUGGUUUGGCCUGUCUCAGAGCUCAUGCAGGCCUGAAGGGCAGCAGGCAACAACCUAAGGCUGUAACCACCUAUAUUCUCCUGGGGCUAAGGAGUGUGAUUAAAGCAUCCGAGAGGCACCGUGGUGGUUAACUUGGCUAGGCUAUGAUUCUUAGUGGUGUGGCAUGUGUUCUUCCAUAAUGUAAUUACCUUCCAUUUUGGUUAUCUGAUGUAAGAAGCCAAUCAGUCAAAAGGGGAGUUUCCAAUAAAGAGAAAUUAUAAAAGAAACCAAACAGAAAUACUGCAGCUGAAAAGCACAAUGACUGACAAGAAAAAUUCACUAGUGGGGUUCAACAGCAGAUUUGUGCUGGCAGAAGAAACAGUCAGCAAACUUGAAGAUAGGACAAUUGAAACUAUCAACUCUGUGGAGCAAACAGGAAAAAGAAUGAAGAGAAGUGGACAGAACCUGAGAAACUUUUGUGGCAUCAUUAUGUGUACCAGUGUGCAUUAUGGAAGUCCUUGAAGGAGAAGAUAGAAAGGCACAGAAAGAAUAUUUGAAGAACUAAUGGCUGAAAACUUGCCAUAUUUGAUGAAAGAUGUGAAUCUACACAACCCAAGAUGCUUAAUGAACUCCAAGUAGGAUAAACCCAAAGAAAUCCACACUGAAACACACUGCAUUUAAACUAUUGAAAACCAGAGGUAAAGAGAGACUCUUGAAAGCAACAACAGAAAAGUGAAUCAUCACAUACAAGGGAUUCUCCAUACGAUUAUGUGCUGAUUUCUCCACUGAAGUGAUGGAGGCCAGAAGGCAGUGGGAUGACAUAUUUAAAGUACUGAAAGAAAAGAACAGUCAACUAAGAAGUCUCUAGCUGGCAAAUCUGUUCUUCAGAAAUGAGGGUAAAAUUAAGACAUUGCCAGACAAACAAAAGCUGAUAGUUUGUUAUCCUGAGAUCUGUGUACAUGAAAUGCUUAAAGGGAGCCCUUGAGGUUGAAGUGAAAUAUACUAGACAGUAACUUGAAGCCAUAUGACUCUAGUAAAGGUAGUUUCAUAGGUAAAUAUAAAGGUGAGUUUUACUGUAUUUUUGGUUUGUAACUCUACUCGUUAUAUCUUACACAGAUUAAAAGAGAAAUGCAUAAAAAUAAUUAUAAAUUAAGCUUAUUGGGCUCACAGUAUACACAGAUGUAAUUUGUGACAGCACCACCAUGAAGAGGGGUUGAGGAGCAGUAUAAGAACAGAGUUUUUGUAUGUUAGUGAUGUUAAGUUGGAAUCCAUUUAAAUUAGGUUGUUAUAAAUUUAGGGUGUUGUCUUAGUUACCUAGUGCUGUAUUUGUAGUAAUAGAUACUACAAAUGGGUGACCUUAAAGAACAGAUGUUUGUAUUUUCUUGCAGAUAAGGAGGUUAGAAGUCUGACUUCAGGGUGUAGCUCUAAAGGGUGGUCCUUCCUUGUUGGGAUCCCUAGGAGUCCCUUGGUUUCCUUCGCAUUCCUUGGUUCCUAUUUUCCCCUUGUAUGUGUUUCUGUUUUUUUUUUUUUUUUGCGCUCUUUUCAUAAUUCUGAUGUGAUUAGGUUUGGGACUCCCCUCUUCUGGUGUAACCUCAUCACCAUAACAAAAGAAAACCCUAUUUCCAUCCACAGGUACAGGGACCGAGACUUCAGUGCAUAUUUUGGGGGACACAGUUCAAUUCAGACAGAUGUUAAAUGGAAUCCCCAUGGUAACCACAGAGAAAAUAUCUAAAAAAUACGCACUAAAGAAGGAGAAGGGGAUCAAAAUGGUUCACUACAAAACAUCAGCUAAACACAAAAGUAGGCAGUAUUUUAGGAAAUGAGUGUCAUUAGUCAUUAGGGAAAUGCAAAUCAAAACCACAAUGAAGAUAUUACUUCAUAUCCACUAAGAUGGCUAUUAUCAGCAAAAAAGGAAAUAGCAGGUAUUGGUGAGGAUGUGGAGAAAUUGGAACCCUUAUUCAUUACUGCUGAGAAUGUAAAAUGGUGUAGCCUCUAUAGAAAACAGUUCGGUGGUUUCUCGAAAAGUUAAAUUAAAAUGCCGUUUGACCCAGCAAUUUCACUUUUUAGGUAUAUAACCAAAAGACUUGAAAACAAGGACUCAAAUAGAUAAUUGUACAUCAUUUUUCAUUGCAGCAUUAUUAACAGUAGCUAAAAGAUGGAAAAACCCAAGUGUCCAUCAGCAGAUGAAUGGAUAGACAAAAUGUGGUAUAUGCAUACAAUGGAAUAUUAUUCAGCCAUAAAGAGAAAUGAAGUUCUGAUACAUGCUGUGACAUGAAUGAAUCAUGAAAACAUUGUACUAAGUGAAAUGUCAGACACAAAAGGACAAAUAUUCUAUGAUUCCACUUUUAUGAAAUGUCUACAAUAGACAGAUGCAUAGAUGUAAAAGUUUAUUAGUGGUUACCAGAGGCUGGGGUGUGUGAUAGAGAGUUAUUGCUUAAGGGGCACAAUAUGGUGAAUGUAAUUAAUGUCACUGAAUUGUACACUUAAAGCUGGUUAAAAUGGCAAAUUUUUUUUGUUGUUAUCUAUGUUGUACAAUUAAAAAAAAAAACAAACGAAAUCUAGAGGUUAUGCUCCACCAAAACUGCAGAUUAAAAGAGACUUAGAAACCUAUCAACCAAUUACAUCCUGAUUCAAACUGUAAAACAUACACAUAUUUAUGAGAGACAAUUAGGAGAUCUGAAUUCUGACUGAAUAUCUGAUGAUAUUAAGAAUUACUAUUAAAUUUUUAUGUGUGAGAAUGAUAUUUGGGUUAUAUUUUUAAAAGUUUUUACAUUUUAGCUAUAAAGUGAAAUAUUUAUAGAAAGUAAAUGUAAGUGUGGCAAGGAAAUGGUUAAGAGCACCAUAGGCUUUGAUUUCGGGCAGAGCUAGGUUGGAGUCCAUCCUCUACCCUCAACUAGCUUUGUUGCAGUUGUAGUUAAUUCUUGUUUUAUUCCAGCUGUAGAAAGGAGUAGUAUACUACCCACAUUAUAUGUAAGGGUGACUGUGAGCAUUAAAAAACAGCCAGUAAAGAGCCUAGCUGAAUGCUUGGCACAUAUGUAUGCUCGAUAAAUGUUACGGGAUAUUUAGGACCAUAGAAUCUACAGACAAAGAGAUAUUACUGAUUCUGAAACACAAAAUAAGAAACUAACAGGGAACAUCUGAAAGAUGGGUUUUGGGUAAAGCAGUAUAAUAGAAGUCAUAAAGCAGUUUAAUCAGGUACACAUUUAUAUGUAAGCUGUGCAAUGGUGAGUCAACUUUGAAAUAGAGUGCAGUUCAAAGAAUAAGAAUCAAGGAAAUUUUGUUGUUCUUGAUAUUAAAAGGAUCACUAAACCAAACAAAACCAAACCCACUGCCAUGGAGUUGAUUCCGACUCAUAGCGACCCUAUAGGACAGAGUGGAACUGCCCCAUAGAGUUUCCAAGGAGCUCCUGGCGGAUUUGAACUGCCGACCUCUUGGUUAGCAGCCAUAGCACUUAACCACUGCACCACCAGGAUUUCCAAAGGAUCACUACUGGGUGUUAAUGCAGGCUUACUGUAAAGUGUAGAAUUUUAGGUUUUCUUUUUUUUGAUAUUAUAAUUUAUUUUUAUUAAUUUUUUAGUGUAUUUUAGAUGAAGUUUUACAGAAUAAACUGUUUCUCAUUUAACAGUCAGAAUUUUUUUAUACACAUUGUUCUAUGGCAUUGGCUGACAACCCCACAACAUAUGUCUGCACUCUCCCUUUUCAACCUUGGGUUCCCUAUUACCAGCUUUUGUGUUCCCUCCUGCCUCCUAGUUCCUGCCUCUGGGCUGGUAUAACCUCUUUAGUUUCAUUUUGUUUUAUGGGCCUGUCCAAUCAUUGGCUGCAUGGUGAACCUCACCACACUCUCAGGGUUUCCCCAGUCUGUCAGACCAGCAAGUCUGGUCUUUCUUUUUGAGUUAGAAUUUUGUUCUGUAUUUUUCUCCAGCUCUGUCUAGGUCCCUCUAUUGUGAUCCUUGUCAGAGCAGUCAGUGGUGGUAGCCAGGCACCAUAUAGUUGUACUGGCCUUAGUCUUGUGGAAGUCAUGCUAGAUGUGAUCCAUUAGUCCUUUGGACUAAUCUUUCCCUUUUAUCUUUAGUUUUCUUCAUUCGUCCUUGCUCCUGAAGGAGUGAGACCAGUGGAGUAUCCUAGAUGGCAGGUCACACGCUUUUAAGACCCCAGACACUACUCACCAAAGUAGAAUGUAGAACAUUUCCUUUAUAAACUAUGUUAUGCCAUUUGAGCUAGAUGUUUCCCGGGACCAUGGCCCCCAUAGCCCUCAGUUCAGUCCCGCAGGGAGUUUAGAUGUGUCUAUGGAGUUUCCAUGACUGUUCCUUGUACAAGUUGUGCUGGCUUCCCCAGUAUUGUGUACUGUCUUACCUUCACCAAAGUUACCAUUUAUUUAUCCUUCCCCUCCCUUGUAACCAUCAAAGAUUGUUUCUUUUUGUGUGUAAACCUUCUCAUGAGUUUUUAUAGUAAUGGCCUUAUACAGUAUUUGUCCUUUUGUGAUUGACUUAUUUCACUCAGCAUAAUGCCUUCCAGAUUCAUCCAUGUUAUGAGGUGCUUCACAGAUUGAUCAUUGUUCUUCAUCAUUACGUAAUACUCCAUUGUGUGUAUGUACCACAGUGUGAUUAGCCACUCAUCUGCUGAUGGGCAUCUAGGUUGUUUCCAUCUUUUUGCUAUUGUGAACAGUGCUGUCAUGAGCAUGGGUGUGCAUAUGUCUAUUUGUGUGACGGCUCUUAUCUGUCUAGAAUUUAUUCCUAGGAGUGGGAUUGCUGGAUUAAUGGAAACCCUGGUGGCGUAGUGGUUAAAUGCUGCAGCUGCUAACCAAAGGGUCGGCAGUUCUAAUCCUCCAGGUGCUCCUUGGAAACUCUGUGGGGCAGCUCUACUCUGUCCUGUAGGGUCGCUAUGAGUCAGAAUUGACUUGACGGCACUGGGUUUGGUUUGGUUUUUUGGUAUGGUAUUUCUAUCUCUAGCUUUCUGAGGAAGCGCAAUAUCAUUUUCCAAAAUGGUUGCAUCAUUUUGCAUUCCCAGCAGCCAUGCAUAAGAGUUCUGAUCUCCCCGCAGCCUCUCCAACAUUUGUUAUUUUCUGUUUUUUUUGGUUCAUGCCAGUAAUGCGGGGGUGAGACGGUAUCUCACCUUGGUUUUGAUUUGCAUUUCUGUAAUGGCUAGUCAUCACGAGCAUUUCCUUAUGUGUCUGUUGGCUGCUUGAAUGUCUUGUUUGGUGAAGUGUCUGUUCAUUUCCUUUGUCCAUUUUUUAAUUGGAUUAUUUGUCUUUUUCUUGUAGAGGUGUUGGAUUUUCUUCUAGAUUUUAGAGAUUAGACCUUUGUCUGAUUUGUAAUAGUCAAAAAUUUUUUCCAGUCUAUAGGUUCUCUUUUUACUGUUUUGGUGAAGUCUUUUGAUGAGCAUAAGUGUUUAAUUUUUAGAAGAUCCCAGUUACCUAGCGUAUCCUCUGGAGUUUGUGUGUUGUUGGUUGUGGUUUGUAUCCUAUUAAUGCCAUGCUUAGGGCCUCUAGUAUUGAUCCUGUUUUUUCUUCCAUGAACUUUGUAGUAUUUGGCUUUAUAUUUAGGACUUUGAUCCAUUUUGCAUUUGUUUUUGUAUAUGGUGUUAGGUAUGGGUCCUGUUUCAUUUUUUUGCAGAUGGACAUCCAGCUUUUCUAGCACCAUUUGUUAAAAAGACUGUCUUUUCCCCAUUUGAUGGACUUUAGGCUCUUGUUGAUGAUCAGGUGACCAUAGGUGGGUGAAUUUACAUCUGGGCUCUCAAUUCUGUUCCAUUGGUCAAUGUAUCUGUCGUUGUACCAGUACCAGGCUGUUAUGACUACCGUAGCUGUAUAGUAGGUUCUGAGAUCAGGUAGUGCAAGUCAUCCUACUUUAUUGCUUUACUUCUCUGGGCUUCUUCCCUUUCCAUAUAAAGUUAAUGAUAAUUUUUUCCAUCUCUUUAAAGAAAUGUUUUUGGUAUUUGGAUUGCGAGGAUUUUAGAUUUUCGUUUGAGAGUUGCACAUAUCUUUGGAAAAAUAAAAAAUGAAGUUUUUGCAUUUGAAUUUAGGGUAAUGUAUGCUUACAGACGGCUAGGUUAUCUCUGUGCUUGUUUCAAUUAUAUGUGUAGUAAAACCUGCAAAAGCUGGAAUGCGUGUAAGGUGGAAACCUGUCACAGAGGAAAACUCAAAUAAUUUCCACUAAAAGCAAUGAUAGAAAAGUAGUAAGAUUGCACCAUGUCAAAGGCAGAAAACUUUUGAGACCCAGAAAAACAAGGCAGGCCCGUUGAGUUCCGGCUCUCGCAGUUUUAACUAUACAAACAUUUUUGAGUGGAAUAUACCUUAUUUUCAGGCUUAUAAAAAUCAUUUGGAUAUGGUUUCAAACUGCUUUGCCAUAAUAUACCUGAAUUUCUAAUCACCACUGUUCUACUGCAUUUAAUAUCUUCACCAUAUUGCUUCUCUAAUGAAGGUAUCUGUGUAUUUUUUGUUUAGGCCCUUGGCCAUUGAAAUAAAUAGGUGAAGCAAGUAUGUUUCCACUUCCUUUUUUUUUUUU